GCCCCUUAAGAGCUCAGGGAGCAGCGAGCGGCCGUCGUCGUUCUUCAGCGCUGCGCCAGGAGCUGCAAGCACAGGGACUCUUCACCCCCUGCACCGUCCGGCAUCCCGCCCGCUGCUGCCGCCAUGCCCUUCUCCAACAGCCAUAACACGCAGAAGCUGCGCUUCCCGGCCGAGGAUGAGUUCCCUGAUCUGAGCAGCCACAACAACUACAUGGCCAAGGUGCUGACCCCCGAGCUGUACGCCGAGCUCCGUGCCAAGUGCACGCCGAGCGGCUUUACGUUGGACGACGCCAUUCAGACUGGCGUGGACAAUCCGGGCCACCCGUACAUCCUGACAGUGGGUGCAGUGGCGGGCGACGAGGAGAGUUACGACGUAUUCAAGGAGCUUUUCGACCCCAUUAUUGAAGACCGGCACGGUGGCUACCAGCCCACUGAUGAGCACAAGACCGACCUCAACCCAGACAACCUGCAGGGCGGCGAUGAUCUGGACCCCAACUACGUGCUGAGCUCGCGGGUGCGCACAGGCCGCAGCAUCCGCGGCUUCUGUCUCCCUCCGCACUGCAGCCGCGGGGAGCGCCGCGCCAUCGAGAAGCUGGCAGUAGAAGCCCUGUCCAGCCUAGAUGGCGACCUGUCUGGCAGGUACUACGCGCUCAAGAGCAUGACCGAGGCGGAGCAGCAGCAGCUCAUUGACGACCACUUCCUCUUCGACAAGCCAGUGUCGCCUCUGCUGCUGGCCUCCGGCAUGGCCCGCGACUGGCCCGAUGCUCGCGGCAUAUGGCACAAUGACAAUAAGACUUUCCUGGUAUGGAUCAACGAGGAGGACCACCUGCGGGUCAUCUCCAUGCAGAAGGGGGGCAACAUGAAGGAAGUGUUCACACGAUUCUGCACUGGCCUCACUCAGAUCGAAACUCUCUUCAAGUCCAAGAACUAUGAGUUCAUGUGGAACCCUCACCUGGGCUACAUCCUCACGUGCCCAUCCAACCUGGGCACCGGACUCCGGGCAGGUGUGCACAUCAAGUUGCCCCACCUGGGAAAGCACGAGAAGUUUUCGGAGGUGCUCAAGCGGCUGCGGCUUCAGAAGCGAGGCACAGGUGGCGUGGACACUGCUGCUGUCGGUGGAGUUUUUGAUGUCUCCAAUGCCGACCGCCUGGGCUUCUCGGAGGUGGAGCUGGUGCAGAUGGUGGUGGACGGAGUGAAGUUACUCAUUGAGAUGGAGCAGCGGCUUGAGCAGGGUCAGGCUAUCGAUGACCUCAUGCCCGCCCAGAAGUGAAGCCCGGUCCUCACCACCACCAGGCUGCCGCUUCCUAACUUAUUACCCGGGCAGUGCCCGCCAUGCAUCCUUGAUGCUUGCUGCCGCCUGGCGGCUAAGCCCUUAGCCUCGCUGUAGAGACUUCUGUCGCCCUGGGUAGAGUUUAUUUUUUUGAUGGCUAAGCUGUUGCUGACACUGAAAUAAACUAGGGUUUGGCCUGCCCUAUG